AUGUACAUCGCUCUCUAUUACAUAGUCACUCGCCUCCCUAACUCCCUUCUCUUAGUCAGGGACCACUUCCUCUCAGUCUGUCCCACCACUCUCACUGUUGACCUCCUUGAGAAGGCCCUCCUAGCGGCAGAGAAGAGCAUAGUCGCUGUAAGAGCCUCCCGUGGAGACCCGCGCACCCCCAUCUUUGAGGGGUGUUCUCCUUCCCCCCUGCUGCCCUCUGUUGCCUCUGCUGCUGCUGCCAACCUACUUGGUCUUGAGGCGUGGGUGGAGCUGGCGGGGGCGGUGGAGGUGGCGGUGGAGGCGGCGGAGGGAGUGGGGGUGGCGGUGGGAGUGGUGGCGGGAGUGGUGGCGGUGGCGGCGGCAGCGACGGCGGAGGCGGUGGCCGCGGAGGCGGUGGUGGUGGCGGAGGUGGAGGCGGUGGUGGCGGAGGAGGUGGAGCUGGUCGGGGUAGUGCCCCGCAGCUGA